AUGGAGGAAAAUGCGGCGUCGUCCAACUCUUACAGACUCAGGUGCUCGAUUCCGGGCCACGAAAUGGACGUUCGGGGGCUCGCGGCGGCUGUUUUCCCAGAAGGAGGCUUCGUUUCUGUGUCCAGAGACCGGACCGGAAGGAUCUGGGUUCCAAAUUCAAGUCCGGACAAUGGUUUCACGGAGAUGCAAUGCAUGUCCGGCCACUCCAAUUUUGUAUCGUGUGUAUGCAUCAUUGCACCGAGUGAGAUUUACCCCCGAGGACUCAUCGCCACCGGGGGGAAUGAUAACAACAUUUGCGUAUUUACACUGGACCAACCGAAGCCUUUGUACACGCUAGUAGGCCACAAAAACACAGUUUGUACAUUAUCGUCCGGGAAGUUCGGGACACUUUUGAGUGGCUCUUGGGACACCACUGCCAAAGUGUGGCUCAGUGAAAAAUGCAUGAUGACACUGCAGGGUCAUUCUGCAGCGGUAUGGGCGGUGGCCAUGUUGCCUGAACAAGGACUAAUGCUUUCAGGAUCGGCCGACAGAACCAUUAAGCUUUGGAAAGCAGGACGAUGCGAAAAGACAUUUACAGGUCACGAGGACUGUGUACGUGGACUUGUAGUGAUCAGCAGCACUGAGUUCUUCUCCUGCAGCAAUGACACCAGCAUCAGAAGGUGGCUGGUGUCGGGAGAAUGUGCGCAAGUGUACUACGGACACACUAACUACAUCUACAGCAUUGCUAUUUUCCCUAAUAGUCAAGAUUUUGUCAGCACAGGAGAGGACCGAACUGUGAGAAUAUGGAGGAGUGGAGAAUGUACUCAGACGAUCCGCCUUCCCGCUCAGUCUGUAUGGUGCUGCUGCAUCCUACCGAAUGGGGACAUUGCUGUUGGCGCAAGUGAUGGCAUCAUCCGAGUUUUUACAGAGGCUGAGGAUCGCAUGGCCAGCGCAGAGGACCUUCAGGCUUUUGAAGAUGAGCUCUCGAAAGCCACCAUAGACCCCAAGACGGGAGACCUCGGAGACAUCAAACUGGAGGAGCUUCCUGGACGGGAACACCUUGACGAGCCCGGGAAUCGUGACGGGCAGACUCGACUGAUAAAAGAUGGGCAGAAGGUGGAGGCGUACCAGUGGAGUGUCAGUGACAGCCGCUGGGUGAAAAUCGGCGAUGUGGUCGGUGGCUCCAACCAGCAGACAUCCAAAAGUGUCAUGUAUGAAGGAAAGGAGUACGAUUACGUUUUCACGAUUGACGUGAAUGAGGGAGGUCCUUCCAUGAAGCUGCCUUACAAUGUAUCGGAGGACCCCUGGCUGACGGCGCACAACUUUUUGCAGAAGAACGACCUCAGCCCCAUGUUCCUGGACCAGGUCGCUAAUUUUAUCAUCGAAAACACCAAAGGACACGUGGUGGGACCCACACAGCCUGCCAGUGGCGACCCUUUCACUGGAGGAGCUCGGUACAUCCCCGGAUCUUCGGACGGAGGGCCGAAUUUCGGGGGCGAUCCCUUCACAGGCUCUGGUCGUUACAUCCCUGGUUCUGGCACUGAUGCGGUUGCUCCUGAAGGUGUGGCAGAUCCCUUCACAGGUGGAGGUGCUUAUUCUUCAGCAGCCCUUCAACAGAACAUCACCAACAUUUACUUCCCCAAGACGGAUGGGGUGACCUUUGAGCAAGCCAAUAUUUCACAAAUUGUUGGCAAGCUAAAAGAGCUGAACGCAGGAGCUCCUCAGGAACACAAGCUCUCUGAAGACUUCCUGGAAAGUCUGGAGAGGCUCCUGGUUUCCGUCAGCUCGCCAAAUGAAUGCCCGCCAACAAUUCAGCAGAUUAGCCUUCUCUGGAAGGCCUCGCACUGGCCUGAAGAUAUUGUAUUCCCAGUCCUGGACAUUCUAAGGCUGGCUGUGCGCCACCCGCAGGUCAACGAGUCUCUGUGCGGCGAGGCGGAGGGCGUCCAGCUGUGCAACCACCUCCUAAGCCUGAUGAGGCCCGAAGGUCGCGCCGCCAAUCAGAUGCUGGCGCUGCGGAUCCUGUGCAACUGUUUCGGAAGCGGGCACGGCCGAGCGCUCCUCUUGGCCCAGCGCGAGGCCGUCCUGUCGCGGGCCGCAGACUUAGCCGCCGUGUGCAAUAAGAACAUCCACAUCGCCCUGGCCACGCUGGUGCUAAACUACGCCGGCUGCCUGCACACGCAACCCGACCUGGAGGCCAAAGCGCAGUGCUUGUCUGUGGCCAGCCGAGCUCUGGAGACCAUACAGGACAAGGAAGCCGUGUUUCGGCUGCUUGUCGCGCUGGGAACCACCGUGGCCGCUGACCAAACGGCCCGGGACUUGGCCCGCUCCCUGGGAGUCAACGUGCAAAUAUCCCAAUACUCAUCCGUUUCCGAUCCCUCUAAGCUCGGCGAGUGUUGUCGGCUGGUUUUACAAGAACUGCAAUGA